AUGGCUUCAGUUUCUCACUAUUGCCUGCUAGUUCUGGUCUUUCUGGAUUCACAUGCAGCUCAGCCAUCCUGUCUACCAGGAUGUACCUGCUCAGAGGACAGUUUCGGCAGGGCUCUGCAGUGCAUGUCUACCUCUUUGGGAAUGAUCCCAAGGAAACUUCCUGAAGAGUUAAAGCGGUUGAGAAUUGAAAAUUCACCCUUAUUCGAACUGCCCCAAGGGUCCUUCAUCAACAUGAGCACGUUGGAAUACCUUUGGCUUAAUUUUAACAACAUCACUGUGAUACACCUAGGAGCCCUGGAGCACCUGUCAGAACUGAAAGAGCUGAGACUGGAGGGGAACAAACUUCGUUCAGUGCCAUGGACAGCAUUCCAAGCCACCCCUCUUCUGAGGGUCUUAGAUCUCAAACACAACAGGAUUGAUGUGCUCCCUGAGCUGGCUCUUCAGUUCUUGGUCAAUCUGACCUACCUUGACCUAUCCUCCAAUAGGCUUACAGUUGUAUCCAAGGGCAUCUUCUCGAACUGGCUGGCCUACCAGAAACCCCAUCAGCCUGGCUGCGGAGCCAGGAUUCACUCCGGUUUGGUGCUGGCACUGCACGACAACCCCUGGCUAUGUGACUGUCGCCUGAGGGGACUUGUCCAAUUUGUAAAGUCCAACAGCAUUCCGGUCAUCCUGGUGAAUUCCUACCUGGUGUGCCAACACCCUCUCUCCAAAGCAGGGCAGCUUUUUCAUGAAACUGAGCUCAGUGUUUGCAUGAAGCCACAGAUCUCAACCUCCAAUGCCAGUGUCACCAUCCAGAUGGGACAGAAUGUGACCCUGAGAUGCCUGGCACAGGCCAGUCCCUCACCAACCAUUGUAUGGACUUAUCCUCUGAGCGUGUGGAGAGAAUUUGAUGUGUUGACCUCAUCUACUGCAGAAGAUACUGCUCUGUCGGAGCUGGUCAUACCUGCUGCCCACCUGGUGGACAGGGGUAAUUAUACCUGUGUGGCCUCCAACUCCAUCGGCAGGAGCACCCUUGUCAUCUCCCUCCAAGUCCAGCCUGCCCAGACCCUGUCUGUGCCCCAUUCUGCCUUUUUCCCCUCAGAUGGCAAUGCCUAUGUUGACCUGAGGGUCGUCAAGCAGACAGUGCAUGGGAUUCUGCUGGAGUGGUUUGCAGUGGCUGACACCCCUGAGGAGAAAUGGUUCACCCUCUACAUUGCAUCAGAUGAAACACUCAAGAAGGAGGUGGUCCACAUCGGCCCCGGGAUCAACACGUACGCCGUGGAUGACCUCCUUCCCAGCACAAAGUAUGAGGCAUGCCUCAGCCUGGGGGGCCAGCCCCCACGCAGGGGCCGGUGUGUGGUUUUUGUGACAGGCAGAGACCAUGGCGAGCUGGAGGGACGGGAGCGCCUCCUGCACAUUACAGUGGUCCUGUGCGCUGUGUUGCUGGCGGUGCCUGUGGGCGCCUACGUCUGGGCAGCCCAGGCCCCCUGCAGCUGCAGGGAGUGGGGGCUGCACUGCUGUCCUCACCGCAGGAAGGCUCCCAGGUGCCCCCGUGCUGUGCCACAGCACAGGGACUGCUCCUAUAGAGAGCACAUAGCUGUCUGUGAGGACCGCCUGGGGCACAGAGACGAUGAAGGGGAUGAAGAGAAAGAUGAAAAGGAAGACAGGGGCUGA